CGCGCGAUGCUGCCCAGCGCCGUGGCGGCCCACGCCGGCGCCUACUGGGACGCGGUGGCGCCCUCGGUGCUCCUCGGCCUUCCCGCGGCGCCGGCCGUGGGCCACCUGGGCAGGAGUUUUCUGAUCGAGAACUUGCUGCGCGCAGGCGGCGCUCCGAUGCUCGGACAGCCGCCUCCACCGCCCCACGGCGCGGGCGCCCCCCGGGCCCUGCCCGCCAGCCCGGUCCCGCUGAAGCUGUGCCCCGCCGGGGCGCCCUACGGCCCGCGCUGGGCCUUUCCGGGGCUCAGCCCCUCCGCGGACGGCGCGAGGCUGCCGGGCCGGGCUCCGGAGGACCGAGACGGCGCCCUCCAGCCUCCAGCGCCAGCGCCUUCGAAGCCCUUCCUCAUGGGCGCCCCUGCCUUCUGCUCCACGUGCUGCGGUGGGUCCUGUCGACGCCCCGUGCCCCCCGCCGCUUUUCCAAGAGAGGAGAGUGUGCUGCCGCUCCUGACGCAGGACGCCAGCUCCAAAGCCCGCAGGGGCAUCCUGCGAAGAGCUGUGUUCUCCGAGGACCAGAGGAAGGUGCUGGAGAAGAUGUUCCAGAAGCAGAAAUACAUCAGCAAAGCUGACCGGAAGAAGCUGGCUGCCACCUUGGGGCUGAAGGAGUCGCAGGUGAAAAUUUGGUUCCAGAACAGAAGGAUGAAGUGGCGGAAUUCCAAAGAGAAGGAGGUGCUCUCCACCAGAUGUGUGCAGGACGCUGGCCUUCGGGAGGACAGCCUGGUACCACCCGCCCUGGCUUUCCCAACUCCAUGUACCCCGCUGUGGGGCCACCCCCAGCAGUGCUCCCCCCAGGCUGCCAAGAGACUGCUGGCGGAGCACAUGGGGGCGCCCCCGCAGGACGCAAGUUCCCUGCAUGACACAUCCUGCUUGUGUGUGCAGGACGGGACUGGACACGAGGGCGCUCUGGCUGGGGUCAUCUGA